UCCCCUCCAACUCCAACCACACUAUACGUGUGACCUAUCCAUUUCCCCAACUUCUCCUCAAUUCGAAAAGCUCACUACUCCCAUUCGACAAUGGAGAUCUCUCUCCUUGCCGAUACAGUUACUCUACCUUCAAUCCAAGCCCUAGCCUACACCAAUUCCUCCAGCCUCCAAAUCUGCGCCGCCAUUUGCCCCCCUCCAGUAAAAUCGAGCUUGAAAACCCUACCUCGCAGAAAGAGGCGUACGAGGCGGCGGUCCUUGACCGGCGGCGGUUCCGAUGACCCGGAAGGCGGCGGCGAGUUCUACGGCUACGGCGGCGGAGGCGGCGACGGUUCGUUAGGCUGGGGCGGUGGGGCCGGCGGCGGGCGGUGGAAUUUCGAUGGAUUAGGAUGGUCCGAGGACGAGGAGUCGAAGGAUUUCACGUUUGAUCAUGCGUUUUACGUUGUUUAUAAGGUGGUAUCUUGGAUUACGCUCUCCAAUUGCUUGCACUUCGCGGUCAAGAAGGUACUGUCGGAAGUGUGAGCAAUGCUGGGAACACAAUUUUAGAAACACAGCUCUAAACACAACUGUUUGUGGCUCUGUUCAAUGCACGUAGGCCCGCUAAAAAUGCUAGAGCUACACACGAAUGCGCACACACUCACACUGGCCAUGGGGCCUGCAGUCUGCACACAAAUCCACACGCACUCAUAAUAGCCCCUUGGCCGUUGCGAGUGCAAGUGUGUGUGCAUUUGGGUGUGGUUCUAGUGCAUUUGGUAGGUCCACAUGCGUGGAACGGGUGUGGACUGGGCUGUGUACGGAGUUGUGUUCUGAAGUUGUGGUUCUAGACUUUUUGCAUUUCGAUUGCCCCCAUGUAAUGUUCAGUUAGGAUGGCUUUCUGGAUCCUCAUAAGUCGUAAGUUGUAAUUGGUAAUGUGAUAUAAGUGGUGUGUAAGGUAGUUUACUUCGUGAGCCGCUACAAUGUCAUCUGGUGUAUGAACAAAUGUUGCUUUGGAUCCUGAGAAUGGGUAACUCUGUUCCUUUGGUUUGCUGGAUUA